UUACAGAGAGUUGGCCACGUUCUCCAGGCCAUCCGGCUGGCCAGGAGCAGGGCCAAGAACAAAAGUCAGUAGCUGACCAGAGCCCAGGAGCCUUCCUACUACCGGGUCUCUGCUUUUCUGAGAAAGUGAAAGCCUCCAGCUCCGAGCUGAGCUCCGUGAGAUGGAUGCCAUUUAAGGGGCGCCACCUGGAGCUCUGCGUCUGCACCUGGGCUGUGUGGAGGGGGCCAUAAAUGGGCAAGAUGGCAGCCUCCCAUCUCUGGAAGCAGGAGGGAGCAGCUCCCACGUUGAAACCUGUCUGAUCUCUCACCCAAGCAGGUGUGGUUCCUGUCUGCCAUCGGCCAUGUAUCGGUCGUGGCUGCUCCUGUUAGGGCUGUGGACAGUUGCACCACCCACCUGGGCUGGGGACGAGCUGCUCAAUGUCUGCAUGAACACCAAACACCACAAGCGAGAGCCUGGCCCAGAAGACCAGCUCUACAAAGAGUGCAACCCCUGGCGAGGCAAUGCGUGCUGCAGGGCAGACACCAGCCUGAACACCCACCUGGACCUGCCCUUGCUCUACAACUUCAGCUUGCACCACUGUGGGGUGAUGCUGCCAGACUGCGAGAAACACUUCCUCCAGGCCAUCUGCUUAUACCAGUGCUCCCCAAACCUGGGGCCUUGGAUCCAGAAGGCAGCGCAGUCAGAGGCCGGGUUGGGACAAAAGCUGGAGAGGCAGCUUCCUCAGGCCAUGCUACUAGCAUUCUUGUCACCUGCCAUGCCUGUAUCCAGCUGGACUCGGGCGGGCCAGGCGAGCGAAUUCUGGAGGUGCCCCUGUGCUGGGAGGACUGUGAGCAGUGGUGGGAAGACUGCCGCACGUCUUACACUUGCAAAGCCGACUGGCAUGGCUGGGACCGGACUGAGGGCCUUCUGCCACCCUUUCCCCCAUUACUUCCCCACCCCGGUUGACCUGUGUGAGAAGAUUUGGAGUCACUCCUUCAAGGCGAGCCCUGAGCACCGGAACAGCGGGCAGUGCCUGCAGAAGUGGUUUGAGCCUGCUCAGGGCAACCCCAAUGUGGCCGUGACCCGCCUCUUUGCCAGCACAGCCCCGUCCCGGGACCACCCCUGCAAGCUCCUGGCCUUCUCUCUGCUCCCGGCGUUCCUAUCCCCAGAGCCCCUUCUUCUCCCACCCACAUUCCUCCUCUCUUGGGUCCUUCCUGUAAAUAGAGCAGCACAGGCUGGGGGCCGGAGACACUGAGGCUUCAGAAGCGGGGGCUCCGAGCACCGAACAUUCAGUUCUAGCCGCCCCCGCCCCCCGCCAUCCCACUCUGCUCAUGUUCUGUCUUCCGCUGCCUGGAAAGCAGCAGAGGCCUGAAGCGCCUACGUGGCCUUCUCCCUUUGCCUUGACGGGUCCUCUGCGGACUCCAGUGUGGGGCUCCAGGCCCUUCUCGUCCAGGGUGUGCCCACCUUCUGCCAGGACAGAGCUGGCGGUCACCACCCUGGCCUCCUGUCCCACCAGGGGGCCUCCAAUAAAACUGUACUUGACCUUCCCCCUCCAUGUGACCCACUCAGUCCUAGCCCUACCGUCGGGGAGCCAGUCCGCCUGCUGCACUGACGUCUCAGAGUUGGCUGCGACCUAACUCCUAACAAUUAGCUUCUUCACGUGUGCCAGGUCCUCUCCUUCCCUCCUCAGAACUCCUCCUGGGAGGAAGACUUUCCACACCCACUCCCCCCAGCCCCCAUAAGCCCUGUGCCAUACAGAAGACGCAAAGCUAGGGUAAGGACCACCCAGACCACUGGUUUUAUCUUGGAUACAGGAUUAAGUCCCCUCAAUGCUUGAGGCAUUUCCUUCUUCUUCUUCUUUUUUUUUUUUUUUUUUUUCCCAGAUUUUAUUUGAGAGGUCAAGCGGUGAGAGAGCACUUGAUUGGAGGGGGUGGGGGAGGAGAAGCAAACUUCUGGCGGCUGGAUCCUAGGACUCUGGGAUCCUAACCAAAGCCGAAGGUGGACGCUUAACUGAGGGAGCCUCCCAGCUGCCAUUUCCUACUCUUUUAACCCCAGAUUCACAACACACAGCUCAGGAAUUCUGGAAGCCAGGGCUCUAUUCCAGUUUUACUGCUUUCUAUAGGACUUUUGGCAAGUCCAAAAGGGACUUUUGGGUGGCUCCCCCACCCCCCCCACCAAGAGGCAUGAUGGAGUUGGACUUCAUGAUUUCUUAACUUACAAAAAGAAAAAGGGAAAAGCCAAUGCCACUGUUUGUUGGGCUACAGUCUGUGCUUCUCAGGCAGUGCCACACCAUAAAGAACAAGACAGAAGUCAGAACUGAACCAGAGAAGAGGCACUGGGACAGCCUUCACGCCCCUUCUGUAAGUGGCGUGGGAGCCAAUCCACCCACCCGGAACGUUCCAGAACCAGAAGCCCAGCAGCUUCUCAGCAUAGAUGGCCCCUUCCCUAUAACCUUGCCAUUGACAAAGAGGGUUUCUAAUAUGUCAGCCCCCAAGGUAGUUGGCUUUUCUGACACUCAUUCUCACCAGACACCAGUAAGACUUGCUCAUCAUUAAAGUCUAUCUCCAACCCUCCACCCUCCCCCUGAAUGUGCUCCUUCCUGAACAGACACAGCUCGGGCACUCGGGUUCUCAAACCAGUGAGGACGGUCCUCCUAAGUGAGGUGCUCAGAGUCUGGAGUAGGAGACUGGCACUAGCAGGGGACACAAAGCACUUUGCUGGAAGCCUGAGAGAACAGGGACUGGGCUGGGGAUCCUCACAAAGGGGGUGAUGCCUGAGCCCACUGAAGAGAGAUCUUUUCAUUAAGCAUAGAACCAACAACAAAAAAAGGCUGAUCAAAAACCAGCCAGUCCCUAAGGCCCUGGUGAUCUGAAACAGGAACUUUACCUACUCUUAAGUGAAUCAAGAAAUUGUGGCUUCAAAAAUACAUAUAGGUAAAAUUUCUUAAGAAUUAAGGACUUGGCUUUUCUCUAUCUUCACUUAAUAAACUAUCACUUUACUAAAAAAAAGAAUUAAGGACUUGAAUGAAGUGUCUGAGGAUAUGCGUGUGGUUCUAAAGCUGAGAGUUAAAUGACUUUUUUUAAAGUAUUUUUAGAUAAAAAUAUAAAAUUAAUCAAAGUAAGGUUAACACUGAGAUAGCCCAAACAAGACCAGUUCUGGGAGCCCUAGUGACUGCUACUGUUUAUUGAUCAUUUACUCCGUGCCUGCGGCUCUGCUAAGCUCCUAACAUGCAUUAGCUGAUCCUUCCAAAAGCCUUGAGAGUCACCCUUACACCUGCCUUUCAAGUUAAGUCAGAUAUGUGGAUUUGAAAUCAGGUAGGUCUGACCCCACAAUCCUAGCUCAUGAGGCUUCCACAGAACACCCUGGCAAGUGGGACUGGGGCAAAUGUUGGGAGAGAGGACAGGCUUAUGGCCGGCCAUGGUCAGGAAAGAGACCAAGUUUUCUCCCUGUCUGUGGUUAGAGGAGUGAUGUUUUUCAGUAGUGGAAUAGAAUUGUUAGAUUUGCAGUUGAGUGAUUUGUUUCAAGCAGAGAGAUCCAUACAUAUGGCUAUAACUUGGAGGUCAAAACCCCCCCAACACAGAACAACAGAGCCCCAGCCAGUCAGCCCCUUAGCUCCAGGGCUACCCGCUUCGAACCACUUCUGGAUUUAGCUAUGAAAAAGUUACAAGGGGUGCCUGAGUGGCUCAGUGGGUUAAAGGCUCUGCCUUCGGCUCAGGUCCUGGGAUUGAGCCCCACAUCAGGCUCACUGCUCCCCAGGGGGCCUGCUUCUCCCUCUCUCUCUGCCUGCCUCUCUGCCUGCUUGUGAUCUCUGUCAAAUAAAUAAAUAAAAUCGUUUAAAA